AACAUUUAUUUAGAAAAUGUAGGAGACAAAUGUUAUCAAUUGUAAGCCACGUGUUUUAUGUCUCAUUUUUAUCAUGCAUAUGUAGAUCUGUGCAGUAUCACAUGGAGACAUUUUGAUGGACGAAUGAAUUCUGCCCCCACAGAAGAAUCUGCGCUUCGGUUCGAUCGAAUCAUUUAAAAGAAUCGUUCCAAAAGAACAACUCGCGAAUCAGUCAUCACGACUCCACAGGCGCUCGCGCGUCUUCAUGAGGAGAACAGGAGCAUCUUUACUAACUCCUGCAACACUUUAUCAAACAUUUCCUCUCAGGCUUGUUUCCAACGAGUGUUAGACUGCACAGCUUGGAAGGAUUAACUUAAGGAUUAAAAACAACCGACACAAGAAGAAAAUUCAGCGCUUUUACAGAGACCCAGAAAUAGGAGGAUGAAGUUAUCAUACACAGUUUAUCUCCUGCUGAAUUUUUUAUCAUUAUACGACUGUAAUGAUGCAGCGCAGGGUUGUAUGGAUAAGCACCGAGUGAUGGGGAUACUGCAUCAAAUGGAGAAGUUUCUUAAAGGACAGGAGAUCAGAUUCACCGAAGGUCUUCGGAUUAUGAAGUCCAAGCUCACCAACCUUCAAAACUCAGUGUCCAAGCUCCCACAAGCAGACCAGUCCUCGUCUCAGUCCUCAUGUCCACCUCUGUUGGCUCCGGCACACGGGAGGAAGUUUGGCUCAAAGUACCUGGUGGGUCAUGAAGUCCAUUUCACGUGUUCUCAGGGUUAUCGCAUGAUUGGACCGGGAACACGUGUGUGCCAUGAGAACGGUACUUGGAGCGGAGUCAGUGUCAUCUGCAAAGAUGUGAGCGUGUGCACCAGUAACCCGUGUCAGAAUGGCGGCACCUGUGUGGAAACUCUGAACCAGUUCAAGUGCACCUGUCCACACAACUGGAGCGGGAGUCAAUGUCAAUACCAGACACAGACAGCGCCUCCGGAGUGGAGCGUCAUGAAUGACCCGGCCUUCAGCCACAAGCCCCGCUGUGCCAAAGUGGACCGAGCUCAACACUGCAGCUGUGACGCUGGCUUCCACAUGAGCGGCACCUCAGACAACAGCAUCUGUCAGGAUGUGAAUGAAUGUGAGGUGUAUAAGGCUGACCGUGGAGGGCCUCUGUGUGGUCACGCCUGUGUAAACGUCCCGGGAUCGUACCACUGUUCCUGUCCCACCGGAUACAAGCUGCUCACUGAUGGAAGAAGCUGUGAGGAUGUGGAUGAAUGUCUUACACAACAGCACAACUGCAGCCGUGGCACCACCUGUAUCAACACCGGAGGAGGUUUCCAGUGCGUUAACCCAGAGUGUCCACCCUCGCACGGCAACAUCAGCUACGUGAAAACAUCACCUCUCCAAUGUGAAAGGAAUCCCUGUCCCAUGGAGAGCCGCUCCUGUCCGUUUGCCGCUAAGACCAUUUCUUACCACUACCUCUCUCUGCCGUCCAACCUGCGCACCCCGGCCACCCUGUUCCGCAUGGCCACCGCAACAGCUCCGGGUCGGCCGGGUCCGGACAGCCUUCGGUUUGGCAUCGCAGGUGGAGGUGACGCCCGCAGCAUGUUUGUGAUGCAGCGCUCAGACCGUCAGACCGGAGAGCUGAUCCUGGUCCAGCUGCUGCGAGGCCCACAGGAGCUCAGCGUGGAGGUGGAGAUGUCCGAAUACGCCGAACGCACUUUCCAAGCCAAACAUCUGGCGCGGGUCAAUCUUCUGAUUUCACCCUACGUGUUCUGAAGAGGCUGGUCGCUGUCUAAAUUGAGUGUUGAUGUUUAGACUUGAAGAGGAAAGAAUGUUUUCCUUGUUGCUAAAGCUGAAUGAUAGAGUUAUUCUCAGAUGAAGCUCGAUAUUGAUGCUGGAAUAGCACAUAACCGUAAGAUAUAGAAAGUACAGUGGAAAGUCAUGCUCAUAUGGAAGUGAAAUUAUGAUCUUUAAGGUAAUAACCCUAAAUAAAAAAUCAUAUAAAAUGCUUUUGCUUUACCCGGUAAUACAUUUCAUGAUUAAAGGUUAAGUGUGUUCUCUUGUCUCAAAUUUAAUAUACUUUUGUGCUGGAUAUCUGUUUUUAAAAUCGAAUUUAAGACUCUUAAAGAUAAUUUUAAGAGCCUGCUGCACAAAUAUGAAUACUAUUAUGUCCAAAUAGAACAAACCUCACAUUAUUUAACUAAUUUAAGCACUCAUGUAUUUAAUUAAAUCGUAUCCAUUUAAAGUUUAAUAACCACAUUAGGCCGCUUUAUCCCCAAAUUUAAGACCAUUUAAAAUGAUAAUUAUGACUUUUGUUAUACCAUUUAAGAUUUUUGAACCUUACAUUUGAUAAAAAAAAAAGAAGGUCACAAAAAUUACUCACUUGACCUUCGAUAAACCAUUUCACAAAUCUCCUUUCUCAUUUCAACAAAAGUCAAAUUAAUAUAGGUUUAGCAAGUGGAAAACAGUAGAGUAAAGCAUAUAGCCUAAUGUACGUGAAAGAAAAAACAAGUGGUAAAAAGUUGUGAAUGCUGAAACUCAACGAGAGCUUUAUAAUUGGUUCGAUCAAUCAGUUAGGAAAAGAAGAUGGGAUUGUGUUUUAAGAGCCAAAGAAUGAAAGUCUAAAGACACAAACAUCAGCUAAACCUGAUGAACAGAACAGUGGGUCAUUCCUUGUUUUUAUUUCCUUCUUCUGCUUCAGUACAUGGUUAAUUUAAGCUUGUAAUUAUGCACUGCUGUCAAUCAACGGGGUUCAAACAGACUGAAAUGAACAACAGCACUUCUCAGCAUUUGCCUACAUGAGAAAAAGUGCCUUUUUUAUUGUUAUUGUUCCUUUAUGCUUGUUGGAUGUUUCAUAAUAAGAACAACGAAGUCUGAACAUUGCAUUUUUUUUGUAAUUAUGCAUUUGAAUAUGAUAUAUUGCUACAGUAUUCGCAUCUGUCGCUCAUGUUAUAUCAGGUGUGGGAUCAAAUACUGAUUUCACACAUUAUUGCAUUUAAUUGCUGUCUUGCACACACAUGUUGAAUGUUUCUUAAUUAAAGUCAGAAAUUCAUUU